AUGAGGUUCAAUGCAGCAAUUGCUCCGGCCCUUUAUGCAUCGGCUCUCCUCGCCGGCACCACAUUGGCACAAGAGGAGGUCGAGACCUCAACGAGUGCCGUUGAGCGCCCGACCUUCACGCCGACAAACCUUAAGGCUCCCUUCCUCGAACAAUUUACCGACGAUUGGUCCUCGAGAUGGACCCCUUCACAUGCUAAGAAGCAGGACUCCAAGAGUGAUGAAGACUGGGCAUAUGUCGGCGAGUGGUCUGUCGAAGAGCCUACUGCCUUGCCCGGCAUUGUCGGUGACAAAGGUCUCGUGGUGAAAAACGCUGCUGCUCACCAUGCCAUCUCUGCCAAAUUCCCCACGGCGGUUAACAACAAGGACAAAACUCUGGUGGUCCAGUACGAGGUCAAACUUCAGAACGGCUUGGAGUGUGGUGGCGCGUAUAUGAAGCUGCUGCGCGAGAACAAGGAAUUACACGCUGAAGAGUUCUCCAAUGCAUCCCCCUACGUGAUCAUGUUUGGUCCAGACAAGUGUGGUGCGACCAACAAGGUUCACUUCAUCUUCCAACACAAGAACCCCAAGACUGGCGAGUACGAGGAGAAGCACCUCAAGAGUCCUCCCCAGGCCAAGACUGGCAAGCUCACCACCUUGUACACCCUCAUCGUGAAGCCGGACAAUACCUUCGAGAUGUUGAUUGACAACAAAUCCGCCAAGAAUGGCUCUCUUCUCGAAGACUUUUCUCCUGCCGUCAACCCUGCCAAGGAAAUUGACGAUCCCAAGGACAAAAAGCCUGAUGACUGGGUCGAAGAAGCCCGCAUCCCUGAUCCUGAGGCCACCAAGCCAGAAGACUGGGAUGAGGACCAGCCAUACGAGAUUGUCGAUGAAACCGCCGAAAAGCCUGAUGACUGGCUUGAGGACGAACCAUUGACGAUCCCGGACCCGGAAGCGGAAAAGCCAGAAGAUUGGGACGACGAGGAAGAUGGCGACUGGAUUCCCCCUCAGGUUCCCAACCCCAAGUGUGAAGAAGCUUCUGGCUGUGGGCCAUGGUCUCCACCAAUGAUAAAGAAUCCCCUGUACAAGGGCAAAUGGACUGCUCCUUACAUCGAGAACCCCCUCUACAAGGGCCCUUGGGCACCGCGCAAGAUUCCCAACCCAGACUACUUCGAGGACAAGACCCCUGCCAACUUCGAGCCAAUUGGCGCUAUCGGCUUUGAGAUCUGGACCAUGCAAUCUGAUAUCACCUUCGACAACAUCUACAUUGGUCACUCCGUCGAGGAUGCUGCCAAGUUCCGUGAGGAGACCUACGACGUCAAGCGACCCAUUGAGGAAGCUGCAGAUGAACAGAGCAGACCCAAGCCGGCCGACAUUCCCAAGUCUCCUUCCGACCUCAAGUUCACCGAGGAUCCCGUCACGUUUAUCAAGGAGAAGCUCGACCUCUUCAUCACCUUGGCAAAGAAGGAUCCCAUUGAGGCCAUCAAGUUUAUGCCCGAGGUUGCUGGUGGUAUUGGUGGUGCCCUAGCCCUUCUCAUUGCGAUUGUUGUUGGUCUUGCUGGUGCCGGUGGUUCCGCCGCUGCUCCCAGUAAGGAAGACAUCAAGAAAACAGCACAGCAGGCCAAGGAGCAGGCCGCUGAUUCCGCGGCCAAGGUCAAGGAUGCAGCUACCAGGGGCGCAGAGACUGUCAAGGCGGAAGUCAACAAGAGAGUCACCCGGUCGACUGGCAGCUCCGAGUAG